AUGCUAUUACUACUGAUAGUAAUAACAGUGAUAAAAAUUUGUUUAGCUGAUAUGAAGGAGAUAUCGGAAUGUGAAUGGAUUACUUGUCUGCUGCCGAAAGUAUGUCAAAAUAUCAAUGGCAUUAUAUCAUGCAUUUUGCCAGAUGAUGCUAUGAAAACGGAAAUGGAAGAACCUUCGGAAGCGGUACGAUCAGCUAAUCAAAUGAACUUAAUGAUCGAAUCUGUAUCUUCACGGAUUCCUGAUUCAUCAACAUUACCACUCUCGGUUCCUGAAAUAGGACUAUUUCCACCUUCCGAUACAGUGACAAAACAAGAACCUCUGGUUAAUUCAGAAAAUUAUACCGUUAAAACACUUCCAGAAAUCUGCUGGCUUCCUGUUGUCACUGGACCCUGUUCAAAAGCAAAAAUAUUAUGGUACUAUAAUUUCUUAACUGGCAGAUGUGGAAGAUUUAGCUUCAGUGGUUGCGGUAAUGCGAAUCAUUUUUACACUCGAAAAGAAUGCGAAGAAACUUGCUUGGUGACAUAUUCCACUUAA